AUGCAGGAGGUUGUUCCGCACCGAGACAUUAACACGGAGAGCUUCAAGGAGUUGCUUUUGCUGGAAGACUUGAAGAAAAACCUUUGUGAAAAGGACGAGGCACUGCUGGAAACAACACAACAUGUGGAAGUGCUGCAGAUAAAGCUCGAUGAGAAGAAUCUGGAGCUAGCGGAGUUGGUUGAAAAUUUGAGGAAGCUUGAGGAAGAAAAUGAAAAUCUCGACAACAAGCUUCUGGCUGAAGACUACGCCACGCAUAUCAAGGUCCGAGAUCUGAAGGAAAGACACAAAGCUGAUUUAACAAAUCUCAAAGAACAAGUGAGGCUUCUGAACCAAGAGGCGGAAAGAUCGGAGGGCAGGUCCUUGUCAAUUGAAGCUUCAUUCCUGUCUAAAAUCGAGCAGAUCCAAGAGGAGCUGGACAAUGUACAGGAAAAGGAAGAACUGGAAACCCUUCAAAAAUCAACACAGCAGGAGCGCACAGAGCAAGAUCCAUCCUGCAAGAAUGAAUUGGCUGAGCUAAGACAUGGACCUCUUCUUGUCAGCCCAGCACCCAGGGAGCAAACCAUUGAAAAUGAAACAUACGAGGAAUGUGAGGAGGCUUUGGAGAUAGACCCCAGUGAACAGGUGGUGGUGGCACGGAAGGGGAAGAGGCGAGUGAAUUUCUUCAAGCGCUUAUUUACUGCUUGAAAAUGAAGACUUCCCGGACCAGGUCACGCUACUUGGUCUUGGCGUACUUUGCAAC